AUGUCUUCUUCUGCUUAUUCUUCGUCUUCUUCAAGUGAUGUUGUACCAAGAAGUAGAAAAGGAGGAUGGACAUAUGAUGUGUUCCUAAGUUUCAGAGGUGAAGACACCCGCAACACCUUCGUAGAUCAUCUUUUUGCCGCUCUUACUCAGAAAGGAAUACAUAUGUUCAAAGACGACAAGAUGCUCGGUGGAGGCCAACCCAUUUCAGAAGAACUUGUGAAAGCCAUAAAAGAAUCAAGGUGGGCUGUUGUUGUUUUCUCCAAAAACUAUGCCAACUCUUCUUGGUGCUUGGAAGAGCUUUCCAACAUCAUGGAAUGCCAUGGUGAAAUGAAGGUGUUACCUGUCUUCUACCAUGUCAAUCCCUCUGAUGUUCGCAAACAAAAAGGAGAUUACGCAACGGCAUUCAAGACGCAUGAAGACAAGUUUAAGGAUGGAGAGAGGGAUAAAGUGAACAAGUGGAGGGAAGCCUUAACUGCAGCUGCCAGUUUAUCUGGCCAACACAUCUUGCCUGAAUAUGGGGGUGAAUCAGCAUUUAUAAACAGGAUUGUUGAAGAGAUCUUAGCCGAUAAACAACCUAGUGGAAGUAGUAGGGAAAAUCAUCUCAUUGAAAUAGAGCCUCGCGUUGAUGCCUUAAUUUCAUUAUUGAAAUUGGAGGCAACCCAAGAGGUCUGCUUUGUGGGGAUAUGGGGAAUGGGAGGGAUUGGAAAGACGACUAUUGCCCGAGCCUUGUUUAACAGAAUCGCUCAUAAGUUUGAUGGUAGCAGCUUUGUUAAUGACGUUAGAGAGAAUAGCUCUAGUAAAAAAGAUAUGUGCACCUUACAAGAAAGGGUUCUAAAUGAUAUUCUAGGAGAGUGUCAUGGGUACAAGAUAAAGGAUCGUGAUCAAGGAGCUGAAGUAAUACAAGAAAGAUGUCGCAGAAAGAAGGUUCUUCUUGUGCUUGAUGACGUUAAUGAUGUAAAGCAGUUAGAAUUCCUAGCUGCGACACGUGAGUGGUUUGGUCCAGGAAGUAGAGUCAUUAUAACAACCAGGGAUCAACAUUUGCUAUCAUAUGCUAAUGCUAAUGACCAGUACAAACCCGCUCUUUUAAGCGAGGAUCAAGCUGUAGAGCUCUUCAGUAGGCAUGCUUUUAAUAAAAGAAGCCCUCCAGAGGGAUACGAGGAGUUGUCAAUUCAUGCCAUACACCAUGCUGGUGGUCUUCCUCUAGCAUUGAAAGUUUUAGGCUCAUUCUUCCGUGGACGAAAAGCAAAUCUGUGGGAAAGUGCUCUAAAGCGACUGGCCAAAACACAAGAUAAUGAAAUCAUCAACACACUCAAGUUAACUUAUGACAAUUUAGAUGAAACUGAUCAACAAAUGUUCCUUGACGUUGCAUGUUUCUACAAGGGGAAGCAUAAAGAUGAUGAAUAA